AUGCAUGGAAGGCACACUAGCCAAGCGAUUCUUGCUGAAUAUGAACAGCUUUUACAAGAUUGGAAAAUUACUUCGAAUAAGGUGUCUCGAAUUAUGACCGAUGGUGGUUCAAACAUGGCAGCAGCUGGUUUUCAUCAAAUUCCAGGGUGGGAAUCAGGCGAAGUUGCAAAUGAAUCAAUGCCAGAUAAAUUCACUCACAUUGCUCCUUCUCAAGCCGAAGAUCGUAUCGAAGAUCGUUCAUCAACUGCAUCCACUGAGAAACCUAAAAGUAAUGAGGUUUUCAUAGAACUUGAGAUUGACGACGAAGGUUCUUCUUUGAUUGGACAUCAUAGAUGAC